AUGUCUGAUGAGUUGCGCUCGGAUCGGCUGAGAAAAGAGACAACUCCAGAAGCAGUGAUCGUACGAUUUCACCUAGCCUGCGCAUUGUGUCUCCACCAGACAGGGAUUUCCAGCGGGUCGACCGGCGUAGUAGAAAUUGAGUUGGUGUGUCGCGAGCCGAACCACCGUCCAGACCUGACAGUCCGUUGGGCUAUGCUGAUGCCCCCAAACAGACCUGGGAACCAGAUACAGAAGGUCAAACUGUCAGCUGUUCGCAUCCGCCUUCGCGCAUAUAGCUGUUCGAGACUGUCUCGGCGCUGUACACGGAUAUCCGUGGAUACGGGUGAGCGUCGAAAGCUAGUCCGACUUCCCGCAAGUGCUGACAGUAAGAGUCCAGUGGGGCUCCUGAUUACACCUCAAGCUGAGGGAUAUCCCCGUGACAUUUCCACUGGAUCCCUGAGCUCUCCUGCAGCAGACAUAUGGGCACCUCCUUACCCGUUUGGACUCAGCGGGGAUACCCUGAAUUACUCUCGGCGCGGUGACGCGCCACUGGUAAGCUUGUGCAAAUGGCGACGACUAUCGGAGCGUAAGGGUACCUGCCGCGUUGAGGUGAGCCCCUACGGCUAG